AUGGCCGGGCAGCUGACUAAAGAACAGGAGGAGAAGUUCAGGGUGGCCUUCGACUAUGUUGACAAGGACAAGGAUGGAAAGAUCAACAUGGAGGAGCUGGGCGCCGCGAUGGAGGCCAUGGGCAAGAAAAUGUCGAAAGCCGAGCUGGAGCAGCUCAUGGCCUUGGUGGACACCGACGGCGACGGCGCCAUCAGCUUCCAAGAGUUCCUGGCAGUGGCAGCCCAGGGGAUGAAGGCCGGGGGCAGCGAGGCGGAAAUCCGGGAGGUCUUCCGUGCCUUCGACCUGGACAGCGACGGCCGCAUCAGCGUGGAUGAGCUCAAGCAGGCCAUGGCCAAGAUGGGCAAGAGCCUUUCCCAGGAGGAGCUGGACGCCGUGAUCCAGGGGGCCGACCUGGACCAGGACGGGCAGGUUAACUUCGAGGAGUUCAGGCGCAUCCUCUCUGAGAAGUGA